GAAAGUGGAAGAUGGAGAGGGAAGAAGGGGUGGGAAUUGUAAAAAGGAGCGAGGGCAAUAAGGUCAAAUGAGAAAUUGGGUACCGCCAGAGUCGUCGGCGCCAGCGGGCGUGGCGUAUAAGGGAGGCUCUUCCUCUUCAUAUCAAUUUGCAAAGUAAACGUGGAGGGACAGAAAGAGAGGAACCCUUAGGAGGAAAGAGGGAAGAAGACAGUGGCAAAUUUGUAAUUUAGAAUACAGAAAUGGCGACGUUCGGAGAGGCACCGGCCGGAAAUGUCAAAGCUGGCGAGAAGAUCUUCAAGACCAAGUGCGCCCAGUGCCAUACUGUUGAGAAAGGCGCCGGCCAUAAGCAAGGGCCAAAUUUGAAUGGUCUUUUUGGCAGGCAGUCUGGUACUACACCUGGGUAUUCCUAUUCUGCUGCUAACAAGAACAUGGCUGUGACAUGGGGAGAGAAUACGUUGUACGAAUACUUGCUUAAUCCUAAGAAGUAUAUUCCUGGAACAAAGAUGGUUUUUCCUGGACUUAAGAAGCCGCAGGAGCGGGCCGAUCUCAUUGCUUAUCUGAAGCAGUCAACUGCUUGAUCUGUUUUUGCCAAGCUUAGGCCUGUUAUUGUUAUUUGUUGGUUGUUUUUUUGACGAUUGAGGAAGAGUUUUUUUCUAUGCGCUGCUAAUAUGCAAUUUUUCCCAGCAGAAAAGAAGGGACAACUUUUGCUACUUUAGUGUCAAAUAAAUACCAUCGAGGGCUUUUUACCUGGCAUGUAAGAAAUAUUUUGUUUGGGGAAUUUGGCCCAAUAGCCCUGUUUGAAGGAGGCUAAUAAAAUCUACCCACGUUGUCUUAAAAUUUUUUGUUUUACCCUCUUACUUUUUGAUAUUCCUAAAUUAUCCUUAGAAAUAAAAAUUAAAAUGAGAAGCUAUUGCAUUUUUUCUCUGAAAGCGGAGUACGAAGAAAAAGAGGAAGAGAAAAAGCGGAAGAGAAAGUGAGAGAGAACGGUGAAACGGCUUGGGACGAACGGAGAGUUCUUCAAGAAUAGUAAUCGGAUCAACUUUUCUUCUCUUUGUUUUUAGUUUUCCUUUUGUUUUCGAAACCAUCAAUUCAUAAGAAUAUAUGAAACGAAAAUAAUAUACAUGAUUGAAAGCCUAGUAAUCAGAUCAACUGGCCUCUUUCCUUGAACUGAUUCAAAUUCGGAAGGCCAAAAAUCAAAUUGCAAAGCAAAAGAUCCACAGCCGAAAGUAAAAGCAAAACUGUGGUAGCAGGAACUGUUGAGCAAUGUCAAAUUUUCAAUUGUUGUAUCCCAGUUGUUGCUCCAUCUCCCAUUCGGUUCAGUUUAUCCUAUUUGGCUUUUAAAGUUGUGGAUCGGCUCAUUACUCAUUGCAACCAAAGUUACAAAAGAAUCGGUGGGCAUAGUAAGUAGGAAAAAAAAAAAAAAAAAAAAAAGCCCCAGCCAAUGGUUUUUAUUUAUUUAUUUCUUUAUGUUUUUUUACUCGAAUUUUCUAGUAAAAAAUGAAAGAAAAAUUGCUCUCCAGAACCCCCCAAAAAAAAAAGGGAAAAAAAAAAAUUUGUUGCUUAUCUUCUGGUCUGCCCCAAAAAAAAAAAAAAAAAAAAGAAAAAAAAAAAGAAAAAGAAAAAGCUAGACCUUUGUUAUUGGGAUUUGAUAGUUCCAAACAUUGGUAAAUUCUUGAGCUCCCAUGCGACUCUUUCUUGGCUUUCAAGAGAAAUUAAUUACAUUUUUCAUUAGUUUUUUAUCUUCAAAGUUCAAUGGGAUUGUGUAUGGGUUUGGGAAGAAGAAAGAAGGAAAGCAUUGCAGGGAUUGUGCUUCUCGGGGAAGGAGGAAAGAAAAAAGUAAUAUUUUAUUUUAAUGAAGGGUAAAAUAGGAACAGAAGGGCAGAUAUAAAAAAUUUGAAAGAGAAAGGGCAUAUUUCAUUAGCCACCUAUUUUGGUGGGUUUUGGGGUUUUGUUUUUGUUUACCCGUUGGAACCCAUUGGAUGGCCCAUUUAGCGAUUUCUCGCUUUUUAUUUUUAUUUUUAUUUAUCUUUUGCUUCUUGAUGUGGCGUUCCAAUAUACUAUUUUUUGGGGACUUUUGGCUCGAUGGACAUUUUGAAUUUGCCCUGAAGAUUUAUAUAUUAAAAAAAAAGAAAAAAAAAAGAAGAUUUAUAUAUUAGAAAAAAAAAAAACUAAUAAUAAUGAAUAAAAAUAAAAAAAUAAAAACACAAACACACAUGAUAAGAUACUAUAUUUGGAUUAUAAAUUUAAUUUUGUAAUUAGAAAAAAAAAUACGAUAUUUUCGUCAUAACAAAUGUCCAAUCUGACAUCUUACGUCGUAUGUGAUAAAAUUUAAAUGUUAUAAGUCAAAUUAAUAAAAUAUUAAAAUUUUCUUUUGGUGAAAACAAGAUAUUAAAUUUAACUAAUGUAUAAAAUAUUAUUUUAAUAUAAUUGAGACAAUAAACACAUUUUAUUAAGAGUUUUGCUAGAAUGCUAGUUUAUCUAAACAUUUUAAGAAAAAUAUUAAUUAUUUCGACAUUAAGAAGUUAUUAAAAAGAAAAUUAAAAAACGAAAAAAGUUAAGAAUCUAUGUAAGUCACUCUUAUGUGAGAAAAAAAGAAACAGGACCAAUACUAACGAGUAGCGUCGAAGAACAAAUAAAGUAUAUUCAAACCCACAUUAUCUUUGAACCUGAUGAUUUAAUCUGAAAAUCAGAAUUAAUUGGAAUUUUUCAAAGAGUUUAAAAAUCAAAUGAAAACUGUGUUUCUGACAGCGACCAGAGUGUGAUAGACUGAAUUUUCCAAGAGAAAAACAAAAUUAUAUCCACAAGCAAGGGGCUGAACAAUCAGCAGAUUAGAUUACCAUAAUAAUGAUAAUAUAAUCUAAAUCCAACUGUCAAACACAUUUCAUCCAACGCUCAAUUUACUCGUGCCGGCAUGUUACGGGACUGACUUUUUGUGUAUCAUGAAAAAGACGCAAAAUUGGAAACAGUGAAAAUGGUAAUAAAAGUCAAAACUUUCCUCCAUAGAAAACAAUCCUGAGAUCAGGAUCAGACUAUAACUCCUGCUUGGAAUCCCCCACUCCUCUCCCAAUCGUCAGG